CACGGAAAGGAGAAUAUUUUUGUCUUCGUGCCGAAUCUGAUUGGCUAUGCCCGGAUCGUGCUGGCGAUCGUUUCAUUCUACUACAUGCCUACCAACUACGUGAUCGCCGGCUGGUGCUACAUCGUGAGCGUCGUACUUGAUGCCCUCGAUGGACAUGCUGCCAGACAUUUCAAUCAAUCGACAAAGUUCGGCGCCAUGCUCGACCAGUUGACCGACCGUUGCGGAACAAUGGGUUUGUUGGUAACCCUCAGCUACUUCUACCCGAAGUACAUGUUCUGGUUCCAGAUGUCGAUGGCUAUCGAUGUUGCCUGUCACUGGUUCUAUCUGCACACGACUGUUCUGCAGGGUAAAACAUCGCACAAGUUCAUUGAUAUGUCUGGUAAUCCAAUUAUGCGAGUGUACUACACCAACCGAACUGUUCUCGGCUUCAUGUGCUUGUUUAACGAAUUGUUCUAUGCGGCUUUGUACCUGUUGCAUUUCACACCGGGACCAAUUAUCUUCGGUAUCUCUUCGUUCAAAUUGCUGGCGAUGUUCUCUGCCCCGGUGGCUAUCGUCAAAACAGCCAUUUCUGUGAUCCAUGGAUACGUUGCCAGCAUGAAUAUCGGCGUGAUCGAUGUGGCCGAACGCGAAGCUCAGCGGGAACGGAAGCCGCCAAAAGCCACACAAUGUUUGUUGUGCUCAAUGUCGGAGUCGAUGUCGGGGGAUGUGAAUUUGAUCCAAUGUGGCAAAUGUAGGCAGUGGGUUCAUUUCUCCUGUGCUGACGUAGAUCUGGAGGUUGUGUAUGUUACCGCUAAUGCUCAGCUGUUGAAGGUUCCGGACUCAAGAAAUAAAACGCGAGUUGGCAAGAAGACCAGCCAAAAGAGUGAUGGAGGGUCCGAUCAGGCAGUUGGUUCCGAUGUAGAUCCGACUGAGAAGCAUUUGAAUGAGGAACAACUCGCCAAGGAGAAGGCCUUUGCAAAGCAGAUGAAGGCGCGGAAGAAACUACUCGCCGAAGCAGGAACAGCUGAGGCAAGAAUGGGAGAUGCGAGAAGUGGAGCUCCAGGCACAUUGUGA